CCGCACCGCAGCCCACGGAACAUCCAUAGAACUUACCAUAGGCCGGUAUUACGUAGCUUCACAGCACCAAUUCCAUUCCUAGCCGCAUUGCCAUUCCUGAGCAGGGUGACGACGACAUCCUUCUGGCCUCUGUAGGCACCACCUCAGCCUGGACACCUACCUAGGUAAGGUACCUGGUAGGUAAGGUACGGUAGUUGGGGACGGGAUCCAUCUUUACGAGUCGGCAUGGAAUGCGCUAUCUCCUCUGUAUAGCGACGAGCCUUUGCCUGCGCCCGCAUCUGCAACUGCACCUACACUCGGCUGGGUAGGGACCCUCCAGAGCAGACGAAACAACGGCGGCAACGACAGCAGCGACAGCAGCGACAGCAGCAGCACCACCCCGACAGAGUCGCCGCCGACCAUGUCCCUCGAGCCCGGGCGGCGAUCCGCGUCGCCCGACAACAGCUCAGGCCGCGAGUCGCCCGUACCGCGGCAGUGGAGGAACCAGCUGGGGAGCGAGGACACGCCGCCCAAGGACAAGUAUUACCGCCGCUAUGCCUCGGGCGUCGACCGAGCCCUCUCGCUGUUCGACACGGCGUUGCAGGAAUGGGCCGACUACAUCUCGUUCCUCAACCGCCUGCUCAAGGCGCUACAAGCCCGCCCCUCCUCCAUCCAUACCAUCCCCGCCAAGCCGACGGUUGCGAAGCGCUUGUCGCAGUGCCUGAACCCCUCCCUGCCCUCGGGCGUCCACCAGAAGGCCCUCGAGGUCUACAAUUACGUCUUCACUGUCAUUGGCAAGGAUGGUCUGUCCAAGGACCUGCCCCUAUACCUCCCGGGCCUGGCCUCGGUUCUCUCCUUUGCCUCACUGGCCGUGCGCUCUCCCUUUCUCGACCUCCUCGAGCGCCACUUCUUGGACCUGAAUCCGCGCGCCUUGCGCCCGGCCGUCAAGUCCAUUGUCUUGGCUCUCUUGCCCGGUCUUGAAGAGGAGACGAGCGACGACUUUGAGCGCACACUCAAGCUCAUGGAGCGCUUCAAAGCUGCCAUCCGACCCCCGGGAAGCCAGGACAUCACCCCGGCGCACUCGACUGGCGACGGCUUCUUUUGGCAGUGCUUUUUCUUGGCUUCCAUCACCGGACACAGCAGAAGGACAGGCGCCCUCGCCUACCUCGUGCGCUCUCUUCCAGAGCUGGGCCACCCGCUGCAUCCGGAAUCGCAAAGAUCAGGUGAUGUCCACAAUGGCCCGGAAACAGAGGUUUCUGCAAAGCUUUCCCAGCUCGUAACAUCUCCCGAGCCAGGCCUGCUAGUGCGCUGCUUUGCCGCUGGUCUCGCCGACGACCAGCUUCUCAUCCAGCGCGGAUAUCUGGACCUGCUCGUAACCCAUCUCCCGCUGCAUUCCAACGUUCUGCAGCGCAGGGCCAAGGCUGGCGACCUCGAGCUCCUCCUGAGAGCCGCGUCUGGCGUGACAACCCGCCGAGAUAUGAGUCUCAACAGGCGCCUGUGGACCUGGCUUCUUGGCCCCGAGCCCGCUGCCUCGGGAGAGACAGAAAGCGGGUUGGAAUCUCCCAGCUCUCCCUCGAGCCACGCCCACGGCUUUCUUGUGUCGCGCACGAGCUACUUUGAGGAGUUUGGCCUGCAGCCUCUGACGAAGGCCCUACUUGCCAUUAUCACGUCCAGUUCGGACAGCAACCCAGCCGAGAGAGCAAGGCCGUACCGUGUAUGUCUGUCUCUGAUGGACAGGUGGGAGAUUGGCGGCUUGGUUGUGCCCGAGGUAUUCCUCCCUAUCGUGGAUAGCGUCCGCGACUUCAAGGCCAGAGCCGAGAACAAGAGCGAUUUCGCCGAGGUUCUGCGGAGCGCCAGCGUCUUUUUCGAUGGUGUGGAAAGCGGCUUGAUUUACAGUGAAAUUCUGACCCUGGUCGCCCAGGCUGUGAGCCCAGGAGAUAUCUCCGUCGCUGACCGCGUGGGAAAGCUCGAUCUUGUCGACUUCAUCCUGACGUACUUUAAGGUCAGAGAGGAGGAGAUGAUCACCAUCCACGCUCCGCUGACCCUCCUGUCCAUCCUGUGCAUGAUGGAGGAGGCAAAGGAGAGAGAAAGGUCGCUUUCGUCCCUUGACCCCUCCAUCCCGGCACAGGCGCUCGAGAUCGCCGCAAGUCUGCUCGAGCUGAUCCCUGAGCGAGCCUUUUCAAAAGACCCUGCGAAUAAACACCCUCCCCCCGUCGAGCCAAAGAUACUAGCGGCCAUCCCCAAUGUGGAACUGCUCAAAAAGGUCAACACCUUUUAUGUCUCUGACCAAGGAAACCUGGACGCCGCACUUCCCCCCUUUGCCCCGCAAAACCUAGCAGAACUUCUCUUGCAGAAGGCGUGCAAUCUCAGCUGCGGUAGCCUCGACCAGAAAGAGUCUGGCGCAGACGUGGCCGUAAAGAGCCGGAUUCUCAUGCUCCUCCUGUCCAAGUCUCCUCCAAAGUCAUUCCUUGACACCAAGAAGCUUCUUUCAUCUCUUCGGGGGGGCCUUUCUCCCGAGUCACCCAUGGCAUUUACUACUUAUUCCUCCAUCCUCUCGCUGUCUACAAAUCUAUAUUCGGCGAGCCGGAUUUCGAUUGUUGAUCUGUCGGAGAUUGUUUCUCCCUUGGUCCAGCAUGCCUGGACGUUCCUCUCGGCCUCGGAGCCCAAAUAUCACGUAGAGACGGUCCGUAGUCUUUGGCUGCUGCAGACUGCACUGACGCCGACGAACCGGGACGUCGAGGCCGCCAUCUGCUCAUUGGUGCUUCAAAAGGACGUUACUGGCACGUUUUCUCAGCGCCCUGCCGAUCCUGGCCGAAGCUUUUCCAUCCUUUGGUCUCACAGCUUACAAGACAACCCCUCUGGGGCCGACCGACGGGGUCCCAAGACUCCUAACGGCGACCCCAAGAUCCCUCCGCGUCUAGGCGGCAUGGAUAACUACGAGGUCAUGCUCACGCGGCCUCUGUUCCUGAUGCUGGAUGCCCUCAGUGACGAGAGGACACAAUUAUUUAUGACUGUCAAGACUUGGCUCGGCAGCCUUGUGGGCAUCGAUAAGCUUUUCAACAUAUUUGUGUCCAAGUUUGCAGAGCUCCCGUUUCUGCGGCGUCGGAUGGAAGCAGAGAAAUCGGCUUCUUUGGGUGGCGCGAGUCAGUUUUCCGCAGACGAUGACCUCGACUUGGGAUUGUACUAUAUUCGCGCCCUGUCGAACGUCUUUCGGUGGACACCCGACACUGUCUGGGCGGUCCUCGCGAAGAAGAUAGUCCAGUCGGCGGCUUAUUUUCCCCCGCUGUCCGAGAUCACUGGGACAGAUGAGGACAUAACGUUCCAAGAAUUCUUUCUCGAUGUUUGCCUCCGGUGUAUGCCCAGUGAUACUGUCCCAGAAAACGACGGUUUUGGGCUGCGGGUCGCACAGCUGUACCGCUCCGCGUUGACCGUUUUACACCAGAUUCUCCUUAACCCAUACGCAGAAUCGCUUUCAAAACUGCAUCUCGAGACGGGACUGAUCGAGAAGCUGACGAUAUCCCUCACGGGGUCUGACCCUUAUGUGCAAGUCCUGCUUCUUGAUGUUGUUUUUGCCUCGUUGAAACUCCGUGAGCUGCUUCCAGUGGAGAUUCCAACAUCCCCAGCAAACGAGAAGCGUGCGGCGAGCCUCGACCCGGCCAAAGGCUUCAGGCCGUCCUUGACAGGCGAGAAGCCGCCAGACAUACGGCCGCCCCCUCCUACGCUGCUAAAGUGCAUCCUGGCCGGACUGAGUUCGCCGAGCAGCCGGCCUGUCCUGGAUAGCUGGGUUGGUUUCCUCGGCGAAUGCCUACCUCUGUACUCGGACUCGGUAUUUCAGGUCUUGAUUCCUCUGGUGGAGACGCUGUGCAGCCAGAUUGGGAGCACCUUUGCCAGUCUGCAGCGCUUGUUCCGAGCCGCCGAUCGCCCAGGCGCGCACGAUGCAACCGGCCCGGAAACCACUUUGAUAUCCCUCCUGAACGGCCUUGAGCAGGUCCUGGCCAACGGACACGACAGGCUGCUGGCUGAAGAGGCCAGAGCCCAGGUUGUCAAGAGCCCAGAACAGCCCCAAGGUUUUUUUGGUAAUAUGGUCUCUGGCGUCUUCUCAUCGGAUGCGCCGCAGUCGCGGAGCGCCACGGCUAACGACAGACUUACCGUCUUGCUGGCAUUUCAGGACGCCGUCCGCAUGUGCUUCACAAUAUGGUCCUGGGGCCAGGGAAGCGACUCUGCGCGACAAGACGCCACGUCGGGAGCGUCGUUCAACUAUACCGCCUUGCGCAUGAGGAACCGCGCAAGAAGGCUGUUGGAGCACCUGUUUGCCGCAGAAACUCUCGAGUGCUUGGAGACGGUAAUUGGGAUAUGGCGGGGCUCGCUGGAUGAUGCCGACUCGUCAAAGCACGCCGAGGUCUUUAACCUGCUGCCUGCCCUCGAUGGCUCGCGACCCAAACACACCAUUCCCGCGCUUUUCAACGCCAUUUACAGCCGGACAAACCCGGCUGCCCUGGACCCUUCAAGGCGAUCUACCCUCACAAUCGAGCUCCAGGACACGGAUGUGGUGAUAUUUUUGGUGGAUUAUGCGCGCUCUCUGGAAGACGAUGCCAUGGACGAAAUAUGGCAGGACUGCAUGGCAUUCUUGAAAGACCUCCUGGGCAACCCCUUUCCUCAUCGCCAGACGCUUCCGAGUCUGCUUGAGUUUGCCGCCAUACUCGGCGAGAAGGUCGACAACACUAAUUUUGGGGAGCAGCGGAAGAUGCGCCGAGAACUGGCGGACCUGUUUCUGCGACUCCUCACAGCCAUAUUCACCACGAGGCCCACAAGUUUUGCUGACAUUACGAGCUCGUCCGUUGUCUCGGAGAAGCGAGCCAGCGAGACUUCCAGGCAGCCGUCUGUGGUCAGGCUUCCCGGAGAUCGCGCCGACGAUGUAGUAGGGAUUUUGUCUACCAUUGUGCCAAACCUGCCCAAAAUCCUGGUAGAGAACGACCGUAUCCUCACGGCUGCCACAGCAAUUUCGGCUAAUGUCAUUGGGCCAACGCUUCGCUCCAAGGCAUUUCCCGAAACUGUCUCGAAAAACACGCUACUUCUGCUGCAGGAGCUGGCUAAGCUCCCCAACAACCAAAAAUCAUGGAAGAAGGACGUUGCCGACGCCUUCAACGAUACGCGCUUCUUUACUUCGGCUGUCAGCUUGGUGCAGGACGGCUGGCUGACGCUUCUGAAGCAAUGGUCCAUCACGGACAAGGAGAGAAUGCCUGAGACGUUGGCCCGCAUGACACCGCCGACGACAGCCGGCAUCGUGUUUGGCGUUGGCGCGACGUCGGCGCGCCUCGAGGCAGACCGCAAGACGCAGCUGAACCUCCGCCGCAUCGCCACGCUGAUCCUUGCGUGCGGGACCGACGCGUUCGUCACCGACCUGCCUCCUAUUCUUGAGAAACUCACCGAGCUCCUGGGCGCCACGUCGACUUCGUCGCCCUCUUCCACCACCCGCGCAGAGGUGUACAUGGUUGUGCGCGCGCUCUUGCUCAAGACGAGCGCCAUUCACCUCGCCGCCCUCUGGCCCAUCAUCAACUCGGAGCUGCACGCGGCCAUCUCGUCCGUGGUCGCGCCCGACCACAGCGCGCCCUCGGACACGUACAGCAACCCGUCGGUGCUGCAGGCCUGCAAGCUCCUCGACCUGCUCGUGUGCGUGGCGCCCGAUGACUUCCAGCUGCACGAGUGGCUGUUCGUCACCGACACCAUCGACGCCGUCUACCGCUCGUCGACCUUCCAGCCUGUCGCGCUCGUCGACGAGGUGUCGGAGGAGCUCGGUGCCGCCAUGUCAACGGGCCUCGUCCACUACCACACCGAAUUCGCGUCGCCGACCACGACGCACACGGCGGGUAAAAUCUCGCACAAGCGGCCCCUGCUCGGCCCCGGCGGCAUCAUCAGAGACGACGUCAGCGUCGACCGCAAGGACGAGCUGGUCGCAAAGAUCCUGCGCCCCUUCUUCGGCCAGCUCAGCAUCUACGCCUUCGAGGCCACGUACGCUAUGGCGUCGCUCGACUGGGACGGCUGCGUGCAGAACCUGCUCAGGGACCUGUUUGACGAGAGGAGCAUUGUCAAGGCGUUAUGAGUGUGAUUUGUAUCGUAGACGAGUGGAAUGAGGGCUAAAGCGAGGCUUAAAAGUGGGCUGUCUCGUCGAUAGAGACGCUGGCAGGCGGAGAGGGAGUCAGGGAUGUGUGUACGUAUGUGGCAUGGACAGAGAAGACAAAAAGAGGGGCAAAAUAACUAUUGUACAUUUCAUCUUCUCGCUGUUGUUCAGAACAUGCGGAUAGUCAUUUGCAUUGCACAUGUAAACAGUGCACCGAUUGUGUUGUACACUGCCUG